AUGUACAAGUUCCUCAACACCAUUAUCGACGAUCUCUUUGCCUUUGUCAUCAAAACGCCGAUUCUUCAUCAACUCUCUGUGUUCCGAGAUGAUGUGAUAUUCUUGUACCAAAGGUGGGUAUACCCAGUGGACAAGACUCAUGUUAACGAUGUUCGGUUUUGGAGGUGA